AACGCACAAGACACGGAAGUAAUGGAUCGUGAAAAAAACGAAACGUCUUCGAAUUCGGGCAUCGCAGGUGGCUUUGCUGGGUGCAUCACACGCUUCAUCUGCCAACCGUUGGAUGUGCUUAAGAUCCGCUUCCAGCUGCAGGUGGAACCACUCAGCGAGCAGCACGUCACCUCAAAGUACCGGACCAUUGCUCAAUCGACCCGUUUGGUGUAUCGCGAAGAAGGGUUGCGUGCCUUCUGGAAGGGACACAAUCCGGCCCAGGUACUGUCGAUAAUUUACGGUGUGGCACAGUUUUCAUCCUACGAAAGGUUUAACCAUCUGCUGCGAACCGUAGACACGUUCGAGCGGCAUCAAAGUGGACGAAACUUUGUGUGUGGUGCGUUGAGUGGUACGUUCGCGACUGUCAUCACGUUGCCGCUGGAUGUAGUCCGCACGCGACUCAUCUCGCAAGAUCCCGGCAGAGGAUAUCGAAGUUCGGUUCAGGGGCUAAAGCUGAUCUACACGCACGAAGGUGUGCGUGGACUGUACCGAGGGUUAGGGCCAAGCGUACUGCAGAUCGCACCACUCACCGGUGGACAGUUUAUGUUUUACAACAUCUUUGGCAGCAUGUUCCGGCAGUAUUUCAAUAUCAGCGCGAAUGAGACGUUACCGGCGAUCGAGCUGUUUAUCUGCGGUGGACUGGCAGGGCUGUGCACGAAGCUGCUUGUGUAUCCGCUGGAUCUCGCGAAAAAGCGGUUGCAGAUACAGGGUUUCGCGAAAAGCCGCCAAACGUACGGGCGCCAUUUUGUGUGUGAUAACAUGUUCAACUGUCUGUACAACAUCGCCAAGCAGGAGGGCAUGAUCGGGCUGUACAAGGGGCUGUAUCCGGCACUGCUGAAGGCGUGCUUUAUGUCCGCGUUUUACUUUGCGAUCUAUGACGAAAUGGUGCUCAUACUGAAUCACUGAUAGUGGUGGUAGAU